ACCAUCCUCCUUGGCCAAGACCUCACUCAGCUCUGCCUCCUUCUCUGCCUCCAGGGUGUCUGACUUCUGUUCUGUCUUCUCUGUUUAGCAUGCUGACCUUCUUGUUGAGACCUGUGGGCAUUCUGUGCCUGUCUUCAGGGUUAUUGGUAAUGGCUCAAUUUGGAGGAGACCUCUCACCCAGGUAUGUUUGAGAGGGAAGGGGUGGGAAGUUUCUCUUUGCGCUGGAAGUGUGCUUUGGCCCCUGAAGGAAAGACCUUCUGAUUUGCCCAAAAUGUGUGCCACAUGGGGAACAUCUUUAGGACUUCAUGCACCUCCUUUGUCCUUGCAGGAUGAAUCAAGCUUACCUGACUCCCUUCCACAUAAAGAAUCGCAAUGUGGGUCUGAAAGUUGAAGGUUCAAGCUUCACACUAGAUGGCUCUCCUUUCCUGAUCAUAGCAGGCACUAUUCACUAUUUCCGGGUGCCCAGGGAGUACUGGAGGGACCGCUUGCUGAAGCUGAAGGCCUGUGGCUUCAACACUCUUACCACGCAUAUUCCCUGGAACCUUCAUGAGCCAAGAAAGGGCUGGUUUUAUUUUACUGCAAACCUGGAUUUCAUGGCUUUUAUAUCCAUUGCUUCAGAGGUGGGGCUGUGGGUCAUUCUGUGUCCAGGCCCCUAUAUUGGUAGCGACUUAGACCUUGGAGGCUUGCCUAGCUGGUUACUCCAGGAUCCAAAAAUGAAGCUGAGAACAACUUACAAGGGCUUCACUAAAGCAAUGAACCACUAUUUUGAUGAGCUUAUUCCCAGGAUAGUACCACUCCAGUACUGAAAGGGAGGCCCCAUCAUUGCUGUGCAGGUUGAGAAUGAAUAUGGUUCAUAUCAUCGGGAUAAAAGAUACAUGUCCUAUAUUAAAAAGGCCCUGGUCACAAGAGGGAUCAAGGUGCUGCUUAUGACUGCUGAUGAUGGAAAAGAACUGAAAAGAGGCCACUUAAAACAUGUACUUUCCACUCUCCACAUGAAAAAUAUAAAGAAAGAAACUUAUGAUACAUUCUUUUCAAUUCAGGGUCAUACCCCCAUACUGAUGAUGGUGUAUACAGCAAGCUCUUUGGAUGGAUGGGGUGCUGUCCACAAUACUUUGGACUCACAUAUGUUAAUGAAAGAGAUACGUGAUAUGUUCAACUACAGUUUCUCCCUCACAUUCUAUAUGUUCCAUGGUGGCACCAACUUCGGCUUCAUGGGUGGAUCUGCAGUUUUGGACAAUUACCUCCCUAUGAUCACAAGCUAUGGGUAUGGGGCACUGCUAACAGAGAAUGGAGAAUAUACAUCUGAGUACCUUGUAUUUCAAGAGUUUUUUUUACCUCUUCUUUUGGCAGAUGCUCAACUGACUGAGCCACCAGGCACCCCAAGAUUAUAUAAUUAUUUUCCUGUCACCUUGAUGUACACCUGGUUUUUGUUCCUGUUUCUGCCACAGGCCAUCAGCUCUGUCAAGCCCAUUUGCAUGGAGAAGCUGUCUGUGAACCAGGGGAAUGGUCAGUCCUCUGGGUACAUACUUUAUGAGGUUAUGAUCUCCACUGGUGGCCUCCUUACCACAAAGAAUCAUGUUCAAGACCGAGGUCAGGUGUUUUUGAAUGAGAAUUAUCUAGGGGUCCUGGACCAUUUCACUAACCAGCUGACUAUUCCCACCAAAAUGGCAUAUACCACACUGAGGAUCCUGGUGGAGAAUCAAGGCCGCCUUGCCUAUGGGCAGGACAUCAAUAAGGAGAGAAAAGGAUUAAUUGGGGAUAUAUAUCUGAACAAUUCUCCAUUAAGAAGAUUUAAAAUCUACAGCCUGGAUAUGAAAACUAAAUUUCUAAAAAGGGACCUUCCUAACAUUUGGAAACCAGUCUCAUUCAAACCUCGGGGCCCUGCCUUCUUCCUUGGUAUCCUGAGAAUGGGUAAUUACCCCAAAGACACCUUCAUAAAAAUGGAGGGUUGGACGAAAGGUGUAAUAUUCAUCAAUGGACGAAAUCUGGGACGCUACUGGAAUAUAGGUCCCCAGGAGGCCCUUUACCUUCCAGGACCCUGGCUUCAUCCUUGAUCAAAUGAGAUCAUUGUGUUUGAAGAAUUUAGACCUGGCCAGGAGAUCCGGUUCACAAAGAUAUCUCAUCUAGACCAAGACAACAGCCUCUUGUCUUCUCUCAGGGCUCUACAGCGGGUUCAUGAGGCCGUGUGGCCUAAACUAAAAGAACUGUAUGAGACGGGGCCCCCACCCUCUCCUCAUCAGUAUCGUCCAGGAGACUGGGUCCUCGUCAAGCGACAACGGCAGGAGAACCUUGAACCCAGGUGGAAAGGAACUUACCAAAUCAUCCUGGUGACUCCCACCGCCAUCAAGGUAGAUAACCUCCCCACCUGGAUUCACCACACCCACGUUAAGCUGUCGACCCGCUGUCUGACCUCGUGGGACACACUGAUAAAAAUACUACUUGGACUGUAG